AUGUUUGGAGAACGUGAGACUGCAGAUUUCACACUACCACAACGGCGAGUGUUAAGCAGAUCGACUGAUUCCGUAUUUGAGAACUUUUUAACCUUCAGUUCAAGUAAUCCAAAUUCAUUAAACUUAUUGAACUCAGCGUUUAACGACAGUGUUAGUGUUGUUUUAAAUCCUCGUCCUAAUCCUAUUUCUAAAUCAAUCCUAAAUAUUCCAGUUUCCGAAAGUAAUCCUAAUUUAAAUAUUACCAAUAUGGCCUACUUAUCAUUAAAGGAUGCCAGAGAUAUGAUCAAAUCUUUCGCUGGAUCUGACCAGCUUCAAUUUACUGAAUUUAUUCGUACAUGCACUUUUGCAUUUAAAAAUACUGAUACGACAAAUCAUUCCGCACUUUUAGAUUAUAUUUUACAUAUCAAGCUUGGUGGUAAAGCCGUGCAAGCAAUUCAAUACAAAACUUUUAAAACAUUUGAAGAACUUAAAACUGCAUUAGAAAACUUAUAUUAUGACUGUAGGUCUGUAUCAUCGUUACAAUUAGAAUUUAAUAAAUGUACACAGGGUCCUAAUGAAACUGUGAAGUCUUAUGCUUUACAAUUAGAAAAUAUUCUUAUGAAUUUAAUAGAUGCAACUAUUAACAAACGCUGCAAAAAUCCAAGUGCUAACGUGAUCUGUUCAAAUUUGCUUAGAGAUCAUGCCCCACACGUUUAUCAAGAGGGUCUGCACUCCGAUAUUAAAUUUUUAUUAAAACCGAGAAUGUUAGAAAAUUUUGAGCUAGCUAUUACAGCUGCUGUUGAAGAAGAACAAUUAAUAAACUCCUCUAAGAUAAAUAAACAAAUAAAGACAGAAACCGAACCUUUUAGAAAUUCCUACACCCCUAAUUCCACUCCAACCUUUCAUUCAAAAUCAGAACCACUUUCCUGUAAUUAUUGUAAAAAGUUUGGACAUAUUAUUAAAGAUUGCCGUAGACGAUUAUAUAAUGAACAACAACGUGCUAAAGUAAACAUAGUAGACACUUCAUAUGACAAUUCUGUUCCAAGUACAAGUAAACCCACUAGUAUUAGUGAACCUGAGACAAGUAAAGCUAUAAAUUUUAAACCCGCUCAAAUUUCUUGUCUAGGUAACACUAGACAUAAUUUGGCUUUUGCAAAUAUAGAAUGUUUAGAUUCAGUUAGUGAUAGAACAAAUUUAUUAGUAGAUACAGGGGCAGAAAUUAGUUUAAUUAAGAUUUUAAAAAGUUAA